AACAGAAGAAAAAAGGAGAAGCAGUCCGGCGGUGACCCGACCCAUCACCCGCUGUCGCGUUGGUUCCUCGUCGGCUUCGAGCUUUUACGACAUGUCCUGUCGACAUUCGUGCUCGGUUUAACAACCAUGUCGGGUUACUCGUCGUCAGGCCGUAGACAUACUCAGCUGUUGAAACUGACCUACGGAUAAGAAUGCCUUUGUUGCGACGCUAGCUAGCUGGACCUAGCCUAGCUUCAGGAUGGACAGCUGAGAGCUAGCAGAGGGGGUGGGGGAACAGAUACAUGUCCGGUGACUGAAACUGGAGAGCGUCGGCUCUUGAGUUAAAAAAAAAAAAAGGGAGUGCGAGUUUUGUGGGUGCCUCGGGGCACCUCCGAACCGCGUAGACGAUGAAGAACUGCGAGUACCAGCAGAUCGACCCACGGGCGCUGUCCGUUUCGCCGCUGUCGGCUCAGAACCCCGCCGAGACGAAGGCGCAGCGGCCGCGGAGGAAGUGGGAAGCGUUCCCGGGGAAGAACCGGUUCUUCUGCGACGGCCGCCUCAUCCUGGCCAGACAGAACGGCGUCCUCCCUCUCACGCUGGGCCUUAUCGUUGUCACCAGUGGCCUUUUCUUCGCUUUCGACUGCCCCUUCCUGGUGGAGCACCUGACGGUCUGCAUACCGGUGAUAGGAGGGCUGCUCUUCUUGUUCGUGGUCGCCUCGCUGCUGAGGACCAGCUUCACAGAUCCAGGCAUUUUACCCAGGGCCACCGCGGAGGAAGCCGCGGACAUCGAAAGGCAGAUAGAUACCUCAGGAUCCUCAACGUAUCGCCCGCCUCCUCGCACCAAGGAGAUCCUCAUCAACCAGCAGGUGGUGAAGCUCAAGUACUGCUUCACCUGUAAGAUGUUCCGGCCUCCGCGGACCUCCCACUGCAGUCUGUGUGACAACUGCGUUGAGCGGUUUGACCACCACUGCCCGUGGGUGGGCAACUGCGUCGGCAAACGCAACUACCGCUACUUCUACAGCUUCAUCAUCUCUCUGUCUUUUCUGACGUCUUUUAUAUUUGGCUGCGUCGUCACACACAUCACGCUCCGUACUCAAGCAGGUAAAAGCAUUGUUCUAGCCAUUCAGGAGAGCCCUGCAAGUGUGGUGGAAUUGGUGAUUUGCUUUUUCUCCAUCUGGUCCAUUCUGGGCCUCUCAGGCUUCCACACCUACUUAGUAGCCUCCAACCUCACCACCAACGAAGACAUUAAGGGGUCCUGGUCAAGUAAGCGGGGAGCAGAGGAGUCUGGGAACCCCUACAGCUAUAGCAACAUCCUAACCAACUGCUGUGUUACGUUAUGCGGCCCCAUGCCUCCAAGCCUGAUCGAUCGGAGAGGGUUCCUCGCUCCUGAUGAGGGGAUCCCCGUGGCUUCGGCCUCAGAGAUAGAGCUGCCUCCGUUCACGCCCAAGAGCGAAGCAAACAUGUGCACCCAGAGCACAAAGGACGUCUUGGAGAGGAUGCUCCGCUCCUCUGACUUUCAUGGCCUCUGCCCUUCAGGGACCCCGAAGACAUCCCCUCUGGUCCCGGAGGUCCCCGGCGCCCCGCCGGCCGCAAAACCCCCGGUCUCCUCCGGCUGCUCGCGACAGCUCGCCCACCGGGCUGUGGUGGACCCCUGCCCCCCGUUCAGCAAAAGCAUCCGGAGAGACUCGCUGCACUCGAUCAAUCCGGCCUUCCGCCUGGCUUCUCCCUCGCCGACGCUUAGCCGCAGCGUGCUGGUUGUGGGCGACGGACCCGACGUCGGUUUCCCCCCGCAGCACUGAGGCCUCGGGUCGCCAUCAGAGGCAGGCAGUGGUUUUUUCGGACACAAAGACGCUCGUGAUGCAUGUCGGAAUUUGGUGUCUCAAGAUGUCCUCGUGAGGAGUCGCGUUUGUCUUCAGUCGCCGGUGUCCAGUUGUACACGUCCUUCAAAAUGGAGGGGAAUCUUAGUAACACUCGAGAGCACAAUAGAGAUAUUUUUUCACGUCUUUUUAUUUAUUUAUUUUUUUUUUUUAGGAUGCUCGAAAAGUCCCACCGCUCCUGCAGAGCCUCGGCGUUUAAGCUCCUGCUGAUAUCGUAUGCAAGCGAAGGUUUUUUUUUUAAACGCGGGGGAGGCGUUUGAUUUUGGUUGUUCACGUAAAGAGGCCAGAAACGAAGGUCGGACCUGGUUAAAUACCCCGGAUAGUGAGCCAUUUUAACACGAAUAGCCUCUUGAAUUGUCGUCUACAUUGUCCUGUCUAUGUUUGAUGGAGCGGUUAUAGCUGGAUGAGUGUUUUAUAAGGAAGAGCAAAGGGACACUUUGUUUUUAGUUUUUAUAUUAAUGUAAAACACUGCAGCUGCCCGUUUCGUUUUGUGACCACGGUUAGGGAUUUGGAUCUGGAUCUGGGAAGGUAGUGAAUCCUUAUGUAAGAAAGCAAAAGCUUUGUAAAGAAGCCCAGGUUGCUUCCUUGAGGUUCUGUAAAAGGUUUCGCAAGAUCCUGAGUUACUUUUGUGAGAUCCCAAUAAAAGACUCGCCAGAUGCCAAGCUGCUUUAGAGACACAUGUUACCUUUGUGAGAGCCCACAAAACUUUUUGAGAGAGUCUUAGUUGCUUUUGCUGAAUCCUGCAACAAUUUUGCUGCAUCCCGAGUUGGAUUUUUCCAGAUCUCAAGUUACUUUGGGAGAGAUCGCACCAAGGAUUUGUGGGAUCCUGAGUUACUUUUUGGAGAAUGCAAGAUUUUUAUCUGAUCCUGGAAAAGAUUUUCACUAUUCUGGUUUACUUAAGCCAGACCCUGCAUAGGUAGAGCGAUCCCACAUUGCUUUUGUUAGACCCGCAAUUAAAGUUGCAUGAUCCUGCAAAAGCUUAAUGAGACAAACGUUUUCUGCAAGAUCCAAAGAUGAUUUUGUUAAAUACCACUAAAGUUUUCCAGGAUCCUGAAGUAUUUUUGUGAGAUCCUUCAAAUAAAUGCAAGACCCCCGAGUUGCUAUUAUGAGAGCCUUGAUCACUUCUACCAGAUCCUGCAAAGAUUUUGCAUGAUUCUGAAGUACUUUUGCAAAAUCCCUGGAUGUUUUUUUUUUUUUUUUUUGUGGGAUGUUGCAAAAGCUUUGGAAGAUCCUGAAUUACCGUUAUAGCAAUCGUCUAAAAGUUUGCUUGCAAUGGCAUGAAGCUGCCAGUCGUUGGUGGAAUCGUUACAAGAAAUGCUUGAACUUCCUUUAUUUGAAGUUUAUGCAGUUCUUGUAGUUUGUUGUUUCAGGAAUUUAUAUUAUCUGAAACAUGCACAACUCUAUUAAUGUCCAAAGAAAGGGCAAAUGCAUAAAAAUGUAAACAAAUAGAACAUUUUAAUUAAUUUUAACAGAUGUAAUUGGUGAGAUCCAAAAAAAAAAGGGUUAAAAAA